GUUUUGUUAAUUCCAAUAUGGCUGCCGAAUCACUGAAUGAAGAAAUAGAGUAUGUAAAAUUAUAUAGGAUUAGGCCCAUUUUGCUUCAUUUUUAUUUAGCACCGUUUAUACCAAUUUACUUAACAUGGCUCUACUUUUGGACGGUCGUUUAUGGCGUGACAGAUUAUUUUGAAGCUGGUCUUAUCGCCUUAGCCGCUGUGGGUCUUCUUCAAAUUCUUUCUUGCUUGUUCUGUCAUUGGUCUGUCCACGUGCGAUGUUUCUUCACAUGUUCAGGGGUAAGGAACAAAAACGAAAAGCUUAGUUCUCCACUAAUUUAGGAUAGGAUGUGACCUGUUAAUAACUUUAUGGAACCAAAAAAAAAAAACGACUCAUCAUGAUAUAAUAAUUUUAAUACAGAUAUAAGAUUUCUAAAAUGCAGUGAAUUCAGGAUUUAGGGCUGCACAUAUUUUACGAGGAUGAAUGAUAAAAUCAGUGAAAGAUCCCAUUGUUUUUAAUAUAAACUUAAGACAGACCAUUGUAAAUUUUUAUAAUGGUCUGUCUUUAUACCCCACCGAUACUCUCAUUACGUUGCCUUUACUUGUGUAAAUGUACUGAACUUUUAAAUAAAUUAUUUUACCAAUGUUUAACCAAUUUCAUUUAAAUAAGGAUUAUUAUUUUGAGAUAAAUGGUAACGAGUUUGAUUUUUCUUCAACAAUGCAUGUUUUAGCAGUUCUUUGGCAUGUUUCACAUGGGCCUUGAAAAGUCCUUGAAUUUUCCACAGAAGUCCAUGAAUAUUUUUGAAAGCUCCUGUACUAAAGAUAAUCUUUGUUAAAAAAGUGUUUUGUGCAAACGAAAGAUUAAAAGCACAACAAUAUGCACAUUUUCUUUGUGAUCAUGAAAGUGUGUUUUCUUAUGAUUUCUUUGUCCCUGGCAUAGUUCAUUUUCUCUUUUUUGAAAUACCCUAGGAACUGUGCCUUCCUGAUGAAAGGUUUUGCAAAAAGCAAAUCCCCACCCACCUCCUAAUUUGAAAGAUCUUUACUUCAUCUCAUUCCAUGUCAAAUUACAGGGAAAAGAAGUCCUUGGAAGAAUUAUCUUAGUUCUUGAAAAGUCGCUGAUUUUCCCCCCCAAAUUCUGUAUUCAACCAUGUUCUGUGAUCAUCAGUGAAUAAAGUAAUACAUAUGUUGCAGUUAAUUUUUUUAUAUCUCAGGUAAUUUUUUGUUUCUUUUGUUUUAACUUCAUUAGCACAUAUUACCAUACCCAAAAACAAAAGAAAACCAAAAAUUACCUGAGAGAAAAAAUUAGCUACAGCAUAUACUUUACAUAAAAUUUUUGGAUGGUUUUAAAUGAACUCAUUUAGUUCAAUCUGCCAUAGCAUGCCAGCUGUGGAGUGACUUUUUAAACCAGUCAACACUAAAAAUAUGUUAGUACAGUGAAAGCUCUUGUUAGUGGAUACCCUUGGGGUGCAAAAAGGUGUCCACAAUUCUAGCUGGCCACUUACAGAAAUGCAAAGUUUGCAGAGUUUGUAUCGGAGUUGAGAAAAACAGGAAAAUGUGAAGGCAGCCGUUGGUAGAGCUGUCCACUUAAGAGAGUGUCUGUUAAGAGAGCUUCCACUGUAUUAAUCUGCAUGGAGAAUAGAAUAUCUGACUGUCACUUAAUGCCUUGAUAAGACUGGGUCCACCAUCAUUCCUAAUUUAUUUCUUUAUGAUGUUUGGUUAUGGAGACAUUUAACUGACAUAGAUACUAUGUUUCUCUUCCAAAGGAAACAUCUCCAGAUCUUGCUACAGUAAUAAAAGUUGUUCCAACUGCAAACAAUGGAUCACCAGAGCUGCUAAAGCUUCACCAUGAGCAGGUCAGUGUAUUGGUGUUCUCUAUUAAUUAUUUGGAUGCCUCAGUAAAGGAUGGUUUUCACUAGUAACAGAGUUGGCGUUGGAGUCGUAAGCGGAGUCAUAAGCGCAAUGGAAGAAGAAGAAGAAGAAGAAGAAGAAGAAGAAGAAGAAGAAGAAGAAGAAGAAGAAUCAUGAUGUUUCCAGAUUGUUGGAGUUGGAAGCAGAAGUGGAAGGAUAAACCAAUCACAGUGCAGGUUCCCAUGCUUUGUGAUUGGUUUAGAUCUUCUGCUCCCGCUUCUGACUCUGACAAUCUGGUUUUCACUAGAUCAUAAGCCAAACAUAAGAAUCAGAAUCCUGUGUUGACUAGAUCAUAAGCUCCACGCUUCUGAUUAUGACUCUGACUCUGACUCCGACUCUGUCACUAGUGAAAACCAGUCUUAGUAUGGACACUUCUUUUGGUCCCAAAGAAACCAUAUUUCAUACCAUUCCUAUCUCUAGGAUAAAGACUCCUUUGUAAUACAGACACAUGAGUCAGUCUCUUUGGUGUCCACAGUACAUGCUGUAGCCCUUUUAGUCCCAAGAAUGACCAACAUCAAUUUUCUCCUUAAAAUAUCAGUACAUAAUUAGUAUAAAUGGUUAUGAGUAUUGAUAAAUGAUCAUCAACAAAUUCUCUCAAAUUUUCUUUAAGGAAGUGUUUGAAGAUCAAUCAGGAGAAUUUGUAUAUUGAAAUGAAGUUAGGGCUUAAAGGCUUAAGCAGGCCUGAAUGUACGUUUAAACUUUCUUUGUGUUUCAUUUUCUUCUAUUCACUUGGGCAUCAAGUAUCACAUGUAAACGAUUAGAGUAAGAAAGACUAAUUUUACUUUAGCUGACCUGCCACAACCAUUAUAAGUAUGAAAUAUUCAGUGCCAACUUAAGUUCUUCUACAUUUUAUAUUAUAUCUUUCAGGAUAAAGAGACAAAGAAGAAUAUUAUAUGGUUUAAUUUUCAAAAGACAAAGUAUGUUUUUGAUAGUGAAGAGAAGAAGCAGUUCUGUCAGGUGGCUUUUCCAAUCAAUGAAACUAUAGAGCAUUACAACAGUUGUAGAGGAUAUCAGGAAGAAGCUGAUAUUGAAAGAGGAAAAAGAAAAUAUGGACUGAAUGAGUAAGUGCUUUUCUAUACUGCAUUGUAUAUAUCUUAGAUGUCUUUCAGUUCAUCUGCAGUGUUUCUGUGUUUUAUAACACUGAUUUAAUCUAUUAAAUUAUCAUGAAAAAAGGCAUUUUCAGAUUGACAAGUGUACAUCUCUACUGUGAAAAUAAUUUGGACUGAAUUGUUAUGAUAGUUAUAUCAGUUAUUCUGAUCAGAUUUUUACAAACAGGGACUAUCAAUAAACCCUCUUUAAAAAAAAUUAUUUGUGAUUUACCUAAAUGCUUUAAGCCCAACUAAACAUACAUGUAAACUUGUAAUUAAGGACAAUUUUUGGCCAGCAUGUUUUAUCAGUUAUCAUCUUGGUCAGCAGUAUCUUCCCAGCCCACACAGGACCCAAACAUAACCAAUGCAAUACGUUUCCAAAAUGUUCCCCCAAUUUUUUUUAAUCAUUUUGAUGUGUGAAAAAUUAUACAUCUUUUGUCAUGAUCAUUAUUAAAUAUUCUAGGCUUCAGAUGGAUGUACCCGAGUUUUGGGAGCUAUUCAGAGAAAGAGCUACAGCACCUUUCUUUGUGUUUCAAGUAUUUUGUGUUGGGUUAUGGUGUCUUGAUGAGUAUUGGUAUUACAGUGUCUUCACUCUGUUCAUGUUGGUAGCAUUUGAAGCCACUCUAGUGCAGCAGGUAAUCUUUUCUCCAUCUCCACCACAAGGGGCAAAGAAAGUCAGUUUUAUGGCUUGCCAUUUGGGCGAGCUGUAGCUAGCAUGUACUAGCCCAAAAGUCAUUUUAACUAGCCCUAAAAACUUUUUGAUGAGCAAGAUUGAUUACACAGUUCUUCUGUAAUUAGAAUUUCUCAAAAAACUUCACUUGCUCAUUGGGCAAGUUAAGAACAAAAUUCACCAGCCCGAUAGCAAAAUCCACUUUCCCCCGGCUAUCGGACACGACGUUCUUUGCACACUACCACUAUAUGGUGUUAAUAUUGAACCUAUAAUUACUUGUGCCCUAAGUAAAGUGGGAGUCACAGCAUGCAAAGAAAGUCGUGCCCUGUAGACCGGGGUUCCAGAUUUUGAAAUUGGGCUUGUGAAUUCUGAUCUUAACUUGUCCGACAGGCAAGUUUCCCAGGGGACUUCAAAUGACAGCUGUACCAUAAGAUCAAAAGCUGUUUUUUAAGCUGAUUGGACAAAGUGAAAUUAUUACAUUUAUUUUAACAGUUACUUAAUUAAUUAACAACUUGUGUAAAUUGAUCAAUAAAUGAUUACAAUAAUAAUUGUGAGUAUAAUGAAAGUAAGUGUUCCUUGCAGAUUAUUCUGUGGAGAAAUGGUAUAAGUUGUCCCGUAACAGACCUUUUUGCUCUGUAAUGUGACCUCCAGGAAAUUCUGCGUACAGUAAUAAAUGUAUACAUGUACCAAUAUUCUUUCAUUAGUGGGUCAUUAGUAGUCUGAUCUGAUCCUCACUCUUGGACUUGUUCAGUUUGGUUCACCCUUUCUCAAGCACAUGACCAGUUGGACUACUACAGGUUUAGUUCUCAGAAAUAUCUGUCAGUUGUUUGACAAAUGGUCUUCCCCUCUUGCUUUCAGCAAAUGAAAAAUAUGAAGGAAAUAAGAAACAUGGGAAGUAAACCAUACUUGAUACAGGUCAGUUGCUAAUAUUAAAAAUGAUAUAAAUCAUUUUUUUACUACAUAUUAAAAACUGUUAUGUUGUUUAGUAAAUGUUGUUAAUAUGUCAAUAAUUUUAAUUAUGUUCAAUAGUUCAGGGUUCUCAAUAGAAGGCGGCACCCGGCGAUUGAUCGCCGCUUACUUUGGGAUUUAUAGCCGCUUACUUUGUGUUUAAGUCGCUUUUCUUUGCUUUGUUUUGACACCCCUGGCUUUGCUGAAGAGCCUCCUACUUUAUCAGUGAUCACCUCCUACUUAAAAAUCUAUUGAGAACCCUGUAGUUUAUCAAGAAUACAACUGAAAUUUUCCUCCUUUUUCCAGAUUAUUAACCAAAAUUUGAGACAAAAAUGCAGUUGAAGUCCUUUUUACCUGAAAUUCUUUGUGCAGAUAUAUCAUAUACAUGUAAUUUUAUAAGCUAUUGAUUGGGUUUCAACCUUGUACAGUAAUAGUAAUACUAUUGUUAAUUCAUAACAUUGCUGGGCAGCCUCCAUCCUGCAGAUACAUGUAAGAAAUGUCUGUGCAAAAUAAGCAAGUAUGCCUAAUUUUUAUAUGUUUCUGAUGCACAUACAACAGGUGUACAGACAUAGAAAAUGGAGACCAAUUUUGAGCUCUGAGCUUCUUCCAGGUGACAUUUGCUCUAUAGGUAAGAUGAAAUUAAUUUUGUUGAUGACCUUUUCUUUUGGGAAGGGGGACAGGAGAGUUUGUUGAUAUCAUUGUGUUUGUGAUGGUCUGUUAUUUAAUUAAUGUUAUUUAAUUAGCUCUGCCAUAUUUCCUAUAACCUCUUUGAAGUGGUUAGAAAGGAUGAAUGUGAAAAGGUGCAUGGCUUUCUCACAGCACAAAGGUGUGAUUUUCUGAACUGAGACAAGGUCACAGCUAAUUAAUAUGAUCUUACCGUCAGAAAAAAAAACUAUCCUGCAAGUAAGUAUUAAUUAGGGAGAACAAUAAAAAAGUGGAUAGAGAUUUAUCCAGUGGGUAGUGCUAUCCACCAUUUGAACAGCUGCAGGUGCCUGGUUGGUGGACAAGCAGUUGUCUGAACUUGCAUCCUCCUCGCAAUCUACCCAGUUAGGUAACCAGGCGGGGUUUUUUGCUACUUAGGCCCCAGUUGUUCAAAAGCUGGAUAGCACUGUCCACUGGAUAAAUCAUUAUCACUGUGGAUAAGUAUCAAGGAAACCAACUGGGCCUAUCCACUAAAAUUUAAUAGAGAUUAUCUUGAGGAUAGCAUUAUCCAGCCUCUAAGCAACUGGGGCCUGGUGUUUAUAUAGUUAUCUGUGACACUGCAACUAAAUUCUAGGGGGGUAGUAUAGCCCAGUUUCUUAAGUAGGAAAUGGCUAAAUGAUUAAAAAGAAAUUAGUAUAAAUACAAUGGUACACUGAAAUAUCACAUUUCCACUUUUAUAGUAAUAUGUCGUGAUAAGUCUUUUUCUCUGUUUACUUCCAGGGAGAUCUAAGACCUCUGAUUUGCUUAUUCCAUGUGAUAUGGUGUUACUGCGAGGUUCCUGCAUUGUAGAUGAAGCCAUGUUGACUGGAGAAUCUGUGCCACAGAUGAAGGUAACAAAAAUUUGUUUUGAAAUGCCAAGCCACUGCAGACCAUGAGAUACUGUUUGAAAUUGCAGUAAGAAGGAAAUUUAUAUACUAGAAGGAAAAAAUAAAUGUAUGGAAAUUAAGCAAAUACCAACCCACUUUGUCCUAUAACAUGAAAACUUUUGUGGGCAAACACCUCUCACAAGCGAUCAUCUUUAAAAAUACUUGCCUAGUCUCAGGUCUUCUCAUUCAAUCUUUGCGGUGAUGAAUGGGAGAUAGACAUGACCCAAAAUGCAUACCGUGUAGGCCACGUGAAAAAAUGGGACAGUACAGUAUAUUCUUAAGGAGGAUUCAUUUGCAGCAUAUGCAUAAUUAUUAUAACCAUCACUUUUGUUCCAUGCUAGCAGAGGUCUCUCAUUUUUGCCUCGUCAUGAGAGACCUCUGCUAGCAGGGAAUCACUUUUGCCUAUUUGCCAUAAUUUUGUGUUUCAGCUUAAACCCUUCCACAUGUAGUUUAGUGGAAUUCAGGGCCACAGUUUUUUUGUGUAUGGCAAAAUUAAAAAAAUUAAUUAGUUACACCGUUACAUGUAUGCUUGUACUACAUGACGUAGUGUACAUGAAAUUAAUUCAAUUUUUUGUGUGAAUGCAACCACUACAGGAACCUAUUGAAGAUGUACCAGGGGAUGAAGUUUUUGAUUUGGACCAACACAGUAAAUUACAUGUGCUUUCUGGUGGGACAAAAGUUGUGCAGCAUUCGCCUCCUCUAAAGAGUUCUGCUGGACUUAAAGGUACAUAACCUGUCUUUAUAGUCUAAUCUGACGUUACAAAAUUAAGGUUAAUGCCCAAUGAAAUGGUGCAACUUGAACACAAUGCACUGUGUUAUUUGCAACCUGUAUGAUAUGUUUUAUAAGCUUAUGACAUGCAGUGGAGUUGUACUUAUGUACUAAUUAAAUAAUGGCAAGAGUACACUGAAAUGUCAGUAACAAUUGUUCGAAAAGGUUUCAAUGAAAGCUGGUUUCAGGCAGGCUACGACUGCCUAUAGGGCUCUUGCUGCCUUCUGUUAAGAUUCGUUUAAAAAACAACAACAGCAACAACAACCUUUUCUGUGGUCAAUAACUCUUUUUGAUGUCCAGAAUGCUGGAAAUUUUAUUGCAAGCUGCUAGAUGUGAUUUUUUUUGGGGGAGCGUGGCCCUGGACCGACCUAGCAAAUCUCCUUAAUGGGUCGCAGCCACAGCCUUACUCUACUACCAUUGGGAAGUCUAAAGGUCAGUCAUUAUUGAGUAGUACAAGUAUUGAGUAAGUGUUUCUUUUUCAAAGGUCCUGACAACGGUUGUGUGGCUUAUGUCUUAAGAACUGGAUUCAAUACAUCUCAGGUCAGGAAGUGAAUAAAAGUAACAUUUUGGCAAAUUCAGCCAUAUUUGAUUACAGAAAUACUACCUUAAAUCCUUUUUAACCCUGUGGGGCUCAUUUAUUUCAAGCACAUUAGAGGAGGGAGGCUUAAUAACUUUCUCGUCCUGAAAAGAGGGGGAUUAUUGGGAAGGAGGGGCUUAAUACUGGGUUUAUGGUGUGUGACUGAGAUUUCCUUCAUUACAGUUUCAAGUAGGAAUACACAACUCUGCACUGAUUUUUCUGUACAUUCUCUUCUUAAGUUUUGUGUGUUCUUUUUCCCUUUUUGUUGUAAUUACAUUGUAUAACAUACAGUAGUUCGAGUAAAUGUGUAAUAAAUUGGCAUUAAAAAGUUUUUUUGUUACUUUAACAGGGAAAGCUUCUCAGAACAAUUUUGUUUGGUGUGAAGCGGGUCACAGCCAAUAAUCUGGAGACAUUUCUCUUCAUCCUGUUUUUGCUUGUGUUUGCCAUAAGUGCUGCAGCAUAUGUUUGGAUCAAAGGUAAGGGAAUUACCACACAGACCGUCUUUCAUAGCAACAAUUUGUUGAAACAUUCUAUACAUACUUCACGCUCGUGCAAAAACCGGGUUUGUGACUUAUCUUCAUGAAUGUGGAGCUUAGUGUGCAAAGAAAGUCGUGGACCAUGGCCCGGGGCUAGUGAAUUUUGCUAUCAGGAUAGUGAAUUUUUGUUUUUUAUAUAUUACUUUUUUUUACAAUUCAGGUAGUGAAGAUCCCAAGAGGAAUCGCUAUAAGCUAUUCUUGGAGUGUACUCUGAUAUUGACCUCAGUGGUUCCGCCAGAACUUCCCAUUGAACUGUCUUUAGCUGUCAACUCAUCUCUGAUGGCAUUGCAGAAACUUGGUAAGGCUAAGUAAAUUUAGUCUCCUACGUGGCCGUUUUUAGGGUCGUUGCGUGAUGACCCUAAAAACGGCUGCGAAGGAAACUUAAGUAAAUUACAUUUGUAAGAGUCUAUUCCAUAUUUAAAGUUACAUGAAAAUGCAUUUUUUUUUCUUUUAAGUGCUUUUUUUCUUUGCAUGGUGUAGGGUAGUGUCAAGGCCUUGCUAAACUUACUAGCCUGCGUGACAGACACAUCCCCCUUCCUCACUCCCUCCCCCCUCCCUUACCGCUUUCAAUUCCUGCCACGCAGGCUAUAAACUCACAGAAACAAUAAGCUGUCUUGCCAGUCAGGGUAUCGUGUGUUUGGCAAACAAAGUUUAACCCUUUUUAAAUAAGUUAAUCAGCUGAUAGUCCAAAUUUCAUCUCUUUUCAUUUAAUAUCAAUGCUGUGCUCUAGGAAAAAUUGAAGGGAGCCAAGUGCUCUAAACUUGUGAAAUCCAGUGUGCCAGCGUAUGAUUUCUAGGAAAAAGCAAAGAUUCUCUAGUUGCCCAAGAACAAAAGUCAGGCGCCACGGGCCAGAGGGCUCUGCUAGAGCACAGCCUUGAAUAUUACCACCGUUCUGCUUUUCAGUGACCCCAGUCUUUCAUAGCUUAUUAACUCUUUUAUGAUUUGUUUUUCUGCAGGGGUGUACUGCACAGAGCCUUUUAGAAUUCCGUUUGCUGGUAAAGUUGAUGUAUGCUGUUUUGACAAGACAGGAACCUUAACAAGUGAUGAUCUUAUAGUCCAAGGUGUAGCUGGCCUCAAGUAAGUAUGGUGCUUACAAUGUGGAUGACUCCUCCUUAAAUGUUCUACUAUUGGUAUCGGAUUUAACGGAACUUUUUCGUUAGUUUAAUAACUACACAAGAAUUCAAUAACCACACCAGUAGUUCAAUAACCACACGUUAGUUCAUUGAGCGUAGAUUACAUACAGCUGCGGGACAAAUAGCCACAAAUACGUAUAAAUGUGUAGCAUUAAGGAAGUGGUAAUAACUCAUUUAGCGAUGACACAAAAACUAAAUUGAGAAAUAGCUAUGGUACACUGUCCCCUUUAAAUAGACUCAACCGUGAACGGUGCUAAGAAUAAAACUCAAGAAAUUCGUGCGGAGCUCCAUCAGGGUCAAAUGUCUGAAGCGGUUUUUGUUUUAUUAAUGGCAAAUUUGUAGAAAGAUGGACAUGGGUUUAUAAAAUAAUUCGUUAAUGGAACCAUCUUUUCAAUUCUUUUAAAAUUAUGAGCCUCUUUUUGUUAAAAAUGCUUCGCUAAGAGCUGAGAAGGACAGCAAUAAUCUGCGUGUUGUUAUAGUUUUGCUUGUGGAUUUUAUUAUCCUUUUUAUUUGCAGAGAUGACGAUGAAGUGUGUGCAGUUACUGAUAUUUCCGAUGAUACUGCGCAUGUGCUGGCCUCGUGUCAUUCGCUGGCUUUCCUCGAUGACAGUUUAGUGGGUGAUCCUCUUGAGAAAGCCGUCCUUCAAGCUGUGGACUGGAGACUAACAAGAGGUGAAAACGUUAAUCUCCUAAUCUUAUUCUCGGACUUAAAUCCCCCGUCUCACAACCUUUGUAUAUACAGCUAUUUCGAGAAAGGUUGUCGAAAAAAGUGCACGCGACAAUCCCGAAAGGUAUUGUGGGUGGUUUUGAGUUGAUUGUUCUUCAAAGAAAUUUGAAAGAAUGGCACGAGAGGUCGUGGACACAUGUUUGCGAGUGCUCAAGGAACGCAAAAACCUUUCUCGAAAGAGCUGUAUAAAUUCUGUGGAACUUUGAAGAACCCACACACUGUUCGUAAAGAUUUGGGGGCGUAGUCCCCGGUGACGUGGUCUACCUCAUAUUCACACUCACUUAUUUGUAAACUGUUCCAUGAGCAGUCUGGCAAAAAAAAAUCCCUAACAAUGUGCUAAAUUAUUCCUGAAAAGACUGUGAAGGGAAUGAAUGAUAAUAUGAUGUUUACAAUUUUUAACCUCCUUUAUUGAUAGAGUAGUGAACUCGCUCUUAAAAUUCUGUUUCUUUUAAGGUCCUCUAUGUUCGGCUGUUGAAAUCCUUCUAUUCUAGUUCUAUACCGUUUAUUUACAGAUUUUUCUCCUUUGGGUGCAUAUUUGAAGGAAAGCGCUUAGUUAGUAUUUUUAGCCUCAAAGAGGGUAAUGAUUCAAAGACUGAUUCACUUAUUUACGUUCUACAGUUGUUGUCGCAGCUAGUUUUCAAUUAAUUUGCCUUCUUUUGUUUGAAUUUCAGGUGAUAUCGUGAUGCCAAACAAAGGAAGGCGUGUCUCGAUGCGCAUCGUUCAUCGACAUCACUUCUCGAGUGCGCUCAAAAGAAUGUCAGCUAUUGUGUCGUUACAGAAUCCCGGUUCGUCCACCAAUGAAUAUAUUGUAACUGUGAAAGGAGCUCCUGAAACCCUUAGAUCAAUGGUGAGUGGAUUGAGCAAAAUAUUUUGCAUUUUUUCUCUAGUGGUGGCAGUAAAUAUAGAGAGGAGAAGUCGUUAUGUCACGUUACCAUCGUAGCAAAAUUUCUAGAUCUCAAAGAAGCCGUGGUCCUGUAAAUAUUGCAGAAAAAAAGAACGAAAAAAAUGGCUUAUAUAACUUUCGUGUGUAUGAGUGCACUCGGGAACAAAACGGUAGCCCAUACUUUUGUUCCAUCGUUCGACAAUGCAAAUGGCCGUCUCUGUCAAGAAAGAUUGUCGAGAUCCAGAAAUUUUGCUACCGUGGUAACUUGACGUCACACUUUCUACUCUAUGGACCAUAUUUAGGUUACGCUUGGGCCUGGGUCGGCGUUGUGGCGAAUUGCACUAUGGGACUGUUUUGGGGACAAAUUUUGACCCAGUUUCCCGCUCAACUUCGUAAUUAUCCAAUGAACAGAAGCGCACUGCGGACUCAACACUGACUUAGUCUCACGAGCAACCUGAAAAUGGCCGAUUGUAAGGUAAAGGCCCGUUAGUUUGUGCGAGUAAACGACUUGUUUCACCCGGAAAAGUCGUUUUCUUUCGCUAUCUUAAAGCAUGCAAGUUAAUUAGCUAUCCUUACUAACGAAACGUUUGUCCCGCUCUGAUAAACAAUGCUCAUUUAUAUGCUGCCUUACCCUCAUAUACAGCUGUUAGACGCAUUCGUUGUCACAGUAUUUCUGACUCUGUUGGCAGAUUGAAUUUUCUUUUGAUAUAUUUUUGUCGUAUGCGUAUCUUUUUCAGUAUAAAACUGUUCCCAGGAAUUACGAUACCAUAUACCACAGAAUAACAUGCCAAGGAUCCAGAGUGUUAGCAUUAGGUUACAAGAAGAUUGGAGAGGUGCCAGCGAAAGAGGUAUAGUAGAAUUAAAUGCGCAUGCCUGACUACCCCCUCUUUUUGAUUUAGUUAUAGUCGAAGGAAAAGCCAGCCACGUGAACAAGCGUGCAAAAGCCAGUCAGCUUUGGCGUAGCUAGGGUAGUUUGACAUAGUUCGGGUCUUUCGUAUUUCGCAUUUCAUUGUGAUGAGUAUGGAUGAUAUGGUAUCCCGUUCAAGCUGCGAGCUGUUUUGACUAAGCAGCGCUUAUGAUAAAGCACGUUUGCGGGUUCGAGAUCAUGCAUCAGUUUUCCUACUUCUCCGACUCUAAAGCGCCCCAUUAUCACUGGAAUUUCAAAAGCUUGACAAGAAACAAAUUAGGCAUUUUUACUGCCCUCCAAGAAAAAGUCACACUAUCGUGGAAAACAAGCUUUUGCAAGGAAGGCUUCUUUGCAGGCCAGGGUUCAAAGAAAGGCGGUUCCCCGCACCCACCCAUCCCUCCCCUGCCCACUUACUUCUUUUAAGCCUUGUCUUUCUCUAAACCCUCUUCUUAAUCACAUUUAAAUACAAGGCACUGGGCGCUAAUAGAAUUGACUGAUCAUUAGUUCUAGUGUAGAGCAUUGGUCAAGAGUACUCAGUCGUUUUAUAGAGUUUUUGUUAAUAGUCCUACCUGUCAUUUUCCUUAUCAGAUCCGUGAUAUGAAGCGUGAAGAGUGUGAGUGUGAUCUACAGUUUGCGGGAUUCGUGGUAAUCGCGUGUCCAUUAAAGAGCGAUUCUAAAGCAGCUAUCAAGCAGAUUCAAGAAUCAUCACAUCACGUAAGCAUCGGUGCCGCUCAAACAGCAACCUCGUAGUAAAGAGGAAACUGUUAGCCUGUUACUUUUACCGGAAAUACAUUUUUGAAGAGUAUUUCUCUCUUUCUUUCUUUUUUAAUGUUUUUUUAUUUACACAGCUGACUAUGAUUACUGGAGAUAACCCGCUGACCGCAUGUCACGUGGCUCGAGAGCUUCGCCUUACCAGGCGCGAAAUUGUGGUACUAUCACCUCCUGAAAGCACAAAUAAUCACGGUAAUGUCUUGUACUGUGACUAUUCCUAAAGGCAUAAUGAACCCUUGUUCUCUACUCUUUAAAACAAACACUUGUAACGUGUAGACUAGUGUAGUAAGAAACUGUAGCGAAUGGUACUAGGACGUAACUCGGCUGUCUUGAGUUCCUGUAAAAAAUUGAAAAAUCUUUUGCUAGGGCAAUGGCAACCGGGAGUAAACAUGUAGUUGAUGACUGUAGCACGUUAAAAAAUUGUGACUGUCUGGAAAGCAUUUGACCUCAGUACUGUAAGCGCGGGAAAUAGUUUGAUGGACUGCAUUCAGCAAGCGCGCGAAAAACACUGUAAUCUGUAAGCGCGGUAAAAGCUUGAGACUAACUGAAAGCGCGGGAAACUAGACGGAAAAAAUCGCCUUGUGAUUGCAGAAAUUAUGUUAAUUCUGUUGUAUUUUGUAUUAAAGACAAAAGCGUGAAUUUUGUUUUCUGAAGAAACCAGCCAGAUAUCAAUAGGUGCGAUACUGUCAGUCGUAGAAUUAUCGUAGUAAAAAGCCAAUUUUCACAUCGACUAAUCUACAAAGCAACAAGAGCAUGGUUAUAAUUUUGUGAGUAAUAACUUUUCCCCAUUCUCCUUUUUACAGUUGAAAGCGAGUGGCACUGGCAGCCAGUGGAUCGCUCAUUCAGUCUCCCCAUCAUCCCUGCUGGUGGUAUUAAGGAACUGACUUCCAAAUUUGACUUGUGUGUUACUGGAGAGGUAACAAACGUCAUUUUGAAUGCCUUUGUUUAUAAUGCAGUUUCAAAAUCUGUUGUCUUCUCCUUUGCUUCGCUACACAUCAUCAUUUCAUGAUAUUUUUUAAGAGGAAAUACUUUUUGUGGUUUGAGGAAGGUUAGAAAAUGCCGCAACACUCGUAGCCUUGCCAUCAGUCGCUUAAUCAUCAGGUAGUAAUUUUCGCGCAGCAAAUUCUUCUGGCAUGUUUUGGAGGCCGAGUUUUGCAAUUUGAAAGGGUUCAUUUGUACUCUAUAUUAUUCCAAUUUUUUUCUUUGUCUGAAGCUUUAUGCUAACAUUCAGUCCUGCGUUCCUAGCUAGGAAUUUCCAGCUAGAAGAUAUAAGUAAUCAGAAGACGUGUGCAGCCAUAGCACAAGCAAAGUAUACGUUUCGGAACACCGCCCCACAGUUUUGCUGUAUGCAACUGCGGCGAACAGUGCAUCCUAAAAAUAUUGGGUGGUUUUAUUUUUCUCCAUUGCUUAGGCAUUUAAUGUUGAAGGAUAAUUAUUGACGCCAAGUCUGUUAUUUAAUUUGCAGGCAUUUUCCUACCUACAAUCGACUGAGAAAUUAUCCAAGUUUUUUCACUCCAUCAUUCAAAACGUUCAGGUUUUCGCACGAGUAGCUCCCAAGCAAAAGGUAAAGUAGAUAUCUCAAGUUUUUUCCAGAGUUUUGGCUAUUAGAGUAUUAGACCUUGUAAGUCUGUUUGUAAGUAAUUUGGAAAUGGCUUUCCGGCCCUUGUUCUUUGUUUUCAUAACAGGAACUGGUAAUCACCAAACUGAAGAGCAAAGGUUUUGUCACAUUAAUGUGCGGUGACGGUACAAAUGACGUAGGAGCGCUCAAACAUGCGCACUGUGGUAAGACUUCAUAUAUGCUUAGUUUUACUGUAAAGGAUGGUCCAUCGCAGCGUUUCACAUAGCAAGUCGUGCUUGUUGGAAAAGUAUCAAGGGCUGUCUACUGGAUAAAUUGCCUUUUCUUUGAUUGACUAACUACUUGUUUGAUCUCCAAACAUAAUUGCGUUUUCAGAGUGGACGAGACCUUGCCAUACGCCUUUUAUGAAAACUCAUCAGCUUCUAACCAUGUCCUAGGGAGUUAGACUCACACGUCGUGUACCCUGAAACAUCGGGAAAACUAUGUUCCAGUCUCCCCAAGAUUCUAAGUUUUUUCGCAGUCCGUGUUUUACCUGAGGGUGGGGAGGGAGAUUGAGUCCCUGGGAAACACAACUCACUGUUUCCUAAUCAUCUCAGAUUCCCUACUCCGAUCAUUAUUGCCUGCUUAUUGAUCACUUGUCUUUAAAGGGGUACGUCAUAAUUACGUGGACCAAUCAAAAUGUUUCUAGUUUGUAAAGGCAAUAAGACUAAGCUCUUCAUUUUAUUGUGGACCAGUUCAGUCUUAUAAAGUAACUUAACGCUAUCGUUCCCAUUACUAGGUGUUGCUUUGCUUGCCGGUGCCCCGGAAAAACUACCCGAGAACAGUAAAAAAAGCAGCCAGAAAUCCAAAGAUGAAAAAUCUUCCACAUCGGUGAGACCAACGUAAAACUUUUGCUGACCAUGUCAUCAUGGCCAGUGUUACUUACAACACAAAGUUUGUUUUAUCUGCACAAAUAUAACUUCUGACUGGCUAUAUUGAUCAAUGGAUAGCACAUGUGAUCUUGAAAUAUUAAUAGAUUUACUUGUUGAAAUUAACUUAAGUCCUCAUAACUACAAAGAAAGUCUGGUGAUUUUUACUUUUUAUCGUCGAUUUGUGAUCAAAAGUGCCUGUCGUCACAUGCUAUAAAAGAACUUUAUGAAAAUUAUUAAGAGUGAUGCGUAUGAAGUGUUCAGAGCUACUUAAAAUUGUCGAAAUUUUAAGGUGGUUUUUCCGUUUAUCUUCUACAAAAAAUUAUAUCUUGUACCAGAAUGAAUAGUUGUCGUUACUGGGUUUUCUUUUCUUUCGCCAGCAGACAGACGACAAGAGUAAGAACGAUUCGAUCAAAAUAGUCUCCAGGGGAAGUAUCCCCCCUGCUUCUGGUAAAGGAUCCUCACGUGCAGCUAAGAUGCGCGCUAUGGCCCGGGGGGAGGACACUGCCUCCUCCUUAAAACAAGAACAACAGGUUAGAUGAUAUGAUUAUUUUUUGCCACGCUAAAUGGAACUUAGCCAAAGUUAGAAUGAAUCUAAUGCGGUCCAGCGGAAUCAAAAGUACGAGGGAGGUCCAAAGGUGCCAUCAGCUUUUGCUUUGUGCUUUUGGUUGCCAGCAGUGCUAAAUUUCGUUAUAAAGUAAUUUUCCUCUAUUGUCCAAAACCCGUUUGCGAUUGAUUUACCUGGUGAUUGACUAAAACUUCUCGCGCCACUAUCCCAUCCAAUCACAAGCUGGAGCAGUUGACGCGACUUGUGCACAUGCGUUUCCCCGCUUUUGGCAGGGUAUAUAAAUUGGAUAUCGGAAGACAAAUGCCGUGGCUGUGAGAAGGGCCUGGAAAUUUUAAAACAGUUAUCCAUGGAGUCCUUUGCGAAGGCAUUAGAGUCUGUUUUCAGGGCAAGCCAAAAUAUUUGUCAAUAUUUGUGCGUUUGCGUUCAUGUAGCGUUUGCUGGCUUUUUUAUUUUUCCUUACAACAAAUUUGUUUUUGUAGAAAAAAAUCCAAGAGAUGUUAAAGCAAAUGGAUGAAAUGGAUCAACCUCAAGUUGUUCGGCUGGGAGAUGCGUCUAUCGCUUCACCCUUUACUUCGAAACUGUCUUCUGUUAUGGCAGGUAUGUUAACAGACCUCAACUGAUAAUAUUUUGAAUUCCUCCUGUCUUCUUUAGGGGCUAUUCAAGAUCGAUCAUUCACCUUUAAAAGCUGAAGACUGUCGCCUGCAGAACAGCACGGCCUCUGUGAUCGUCAAGUGAUCAAGAGACUUAAAUUUGAUGCACUGCUUCUCGCUCAAACGAUUUCGUGAAUAACUGUUGUAUCUGGUUUUUACUAAUUGUGGUCGGGGCGAGCGAAACGAAAAGCGGGAAAGGAACUAAAAACAGACAGAGGGGCGUCCUCUGAACUUUUUUCCCGCGAUCGCUUUAACCUUUUGCAGGCUCUGACUAAUUAAGAGCCUGAAACAUGCUGUACUGAUGUAAUUCUUGGAUUUGUUUGUUUUCAGUCUGUCACAUCGUAAAGCAGGGUCGCUGUACCUUGGUCACAACUCUACAAAUGUUCAAGAUUUUGGCGUUAAACGCCUUGGUGCUCGCCUACAGUCAAAGCGUGCUUUACUUAGAUGGAAUCAAGUUUAGUGAUGGGUUAGUUAAAAUUAUAUCUUCCUUGUUAUUUUCCCACUUAACUUUAACAUUAGCGUGCUAGUUGGUAGGGCGGAUCAGUAAGUCAUUUAGUUCUUGCCACUAGACAGAUUGAUUUCUUAACGUAAGAUUUGUCCCUUUAAUGAGACAAUUGGAAAGGAAACUCCCAUUCUUUCGUCUUGUCGUUAAGUUAAAGACAGUUGGAUAUGUUAACCGUGGAGAGGGGGAAAGUUGGCCAAGGAAAACGGCUAAAGUUAAACAGUUUAUAUGCAGAUCUGGCGCAAGAUCGAAUGCAGAGAUAACACCGUAUCUGCUAGUGAGAAAGAUUUGCUCAAAUUUUGGUUGUAAUUAGAUGUACUUCUUUUACAGUCAAGCAACCCUUCAAGGCAUUCUUUUAGCUGGCUGCUUUUUGUUCAUAUCAAGGUCCAAGGUAAGACUAUACCGCAAGCACAGGCCACCUUUUCUCGAUAUGUACUUUUGCACAUCAGUAUACAUUGCAGCCUCUGCUCGCAAAGAAACGAACGACCAGUAAUGACAAUGACAAUGACUGUCGUAAUGAAAAUGACAAAAAAGCUAAAAGUGUUAAGGUGGCCUCAUGGCCUUAUUCCAAUGCUGAUACCUGGUUGUGGUGUCAAAAGUCAUUGCAAGAUUAUCUGCAGAAGAUUAGAUUGAAUGUAGAGAAAACUAUAAAUGUAAAAAAGAUAUUGCGGUUAAAGAGGAAACUCAGGCUUGCCGGGAUUCGAAUUCUGAUCUGGGAUACCGUUGCAGCGCUCUAAACAAUUGAGCUUGCAAGCCAACUGGAAGCUGCUCAUUAAAUUGGCUCGUACUAUACCCGGAAUUAUAUGAAUUUCAUUUAUUGGAACCUCAAAAUGAAGAAAAAAACUGUUGCAAAAGAUUAGCGAGGACUUCAAGGAAGGUCCUUUUGUCCUAAGACCUCAGUUAACAUUUGCGAUUUGGUUGUGUUUCCUUUUUCAGCCUCUUACGAAUCUAUCCAAGCGUCGUCCACUACCGAAUAUAUUUAACUUGUAUACGAUAAUAACCGUCCUUUGUCAGUUUGCUGUUCAUUUCUGGGCUCUGAUUUAUAUGGUGCGGCAAGCAAAACGACUGACGCCUGGCAUGUAAGUACAGGCUUUGUGAAUACUUAAGCCCUUACCUGGAAUGUAUCUAAAAGCACGUUUUGAAACAACAAAACACCCGCUUUACGCCUCGAGUUUUUAAACCUGAUAGUACACAACUGCUAGUUUUUUGAACGGCUUCAAAAUCUCUGACAUAGAUCAACUCGUUCUUGCACUAAUAUUUAGAUUUGGGGUUAUUUUGGUGAAAAAAAAAUUGGACGUUGAAAGUUUAGCCGUGUCUUUAUAAGAUAUAAAGACACUCAUAAAACAUUAAUUUCUUUUGUUUUUCCUUUAUGAAUUAUUAAUUAGCUUUUGAAGUCGAUUAAGAGCACACAAGUUAGACAGCGGCAUGUUAAUGUGGUGUCGAAAGCGUUCGUAGCCGAAAACCACUUACUUUCGUCUAUUUGCCUUUAGGUGAUAACCAAACAGCGAAGGGCAUGUGCCUUCUUUCAGAUAAAUUUGAUGUUAUUCAAAGUGAAUGUAUUAGUCUCCCCCCUCUCCCCCUCGCCCCCACACCCGCCACCACCCCCGCCACCACUCCUUACUUGUAAGUACAUGUAUCACACGUCCUUGCCAAGCAAUGUAGAAACAUGGCCUAACUGAAACUUGUAACUAUGCGGAGUUACAGGAUAUAAGUUUUGGAAAAAGAAAACCUAUGACAAAAAUGACGUGUACAGCUUCAGAAAUAUAAUUUUUAUGGUAAUUUCCUAUCGCUCUUAUUUGUUUUAGUUAUUUUCGGUGUUUCUGUUGCAGGGAAGCCCAACAUGUAGACUUAGAAGCUAAGUUUCAGCCCACCAUUGUUAACAGUACUGUUUACAUUGUAUCUAUUGCCAUGCAACUAGCAACCUUUGCUAUUAACUACAAGGUAAGAAACCAAAUGUUAAGCGUUUAUCGGUUGUAAAUUUCUUGAUUGCUUCGGUUUUGCAGUGCUCUGUUAUCUGCUGGACGGCAAAAUCGCGCCCAAUUUCUCACCAAUCAAAACCUUCUUGUUGGCACUGGUUUCCCAUGCUCGGCGCUGGCCUCAUGAAUAUGCUUCAAGGCGUGCUCGAAAUAGAAAAAUUUUGGAAAGACACUGAACAGUAUCCACAGCCCACCUACCCCUCCCCUAAGCCAACAUCAAUACUUAUUUCUCACUUAGGGCAAAAUGUUGGCUUAGGGGAGGGGUAGGUGGGCAGUUUCCUAGAAACGCAUAAUGAUCCCAAUUGUUUCCGCAGCACCAAGAAAUGCCCUUCUUUGCUCAGAGCCUCGAACGGCGAGCGAAAAGUAAAAUUAUGCAAAUCAACAGCCUUGCGCCUUCGUUUGUCGCUGCUUCGCCACUCGACCCAUGCGCAUGCCCUCUAUCUAUUGCCUCAAAAAAAGAGUAAGAGACCAGUCGCGGUCAGUGAACACUAGGGGAACUGGAUUUGGUUUUGUACCACAGGACCACCCAUUUACAUGUGAUUACCACUAAGUAAUUCUACUGUGAUUUGUGCACAGGGUCACCCUUUUAUGGAGAGUCUGCUGGAUAACAAGGCGCUGUUGUACAGCUUGCUAGCCUCUGGUGGAUUUGUUGUUUGUAUGGUGACGGGUUCUGUUCCUGAAAUCAACCAACAGUUUGAAAUCGUCACAUUUCCCCCAAAGGUAAUACCUUUACCUACACGCAUGCUUAGUGACUGAACGAAUUUGUCUGUAAGGCCAAAUGAAUUUUAUUUUGAGGGCUUCUUUUUUAAAUCCUAUUCUUCAAAAGUACGUUUUUGAUUGUGAUUUGCCGCUUCUCUUCAAGAUAAUUUGUCGCAGCAAGAAGGGGAAUUUAAAAAAGCCAGUAAGGAAAGCGAGAAACAAACUGUCUAAACUUGCUACAAGUUGACCUCACGAGUUUCUUAGCAGGGCGAGCUCUUAAGGCCGCGAAGCGGCCGAGCGAGCGGCAAAGUCGUGAGAGGUCGUCUUGUCGCGCUUGAAGGGUUUCCAUUUGCGUCCCGGGCCAUAUUAAAUCGUACGAAGGACUUUUUGAAAGUCUACAAACUGUCUCGCGCGGCCCAUUAACUUUCACACAAUUUCAUUCUUGAGUCGGGGUUUUUAAGGGCUGUAAUAGGUCUGUGACUUCUUUCACUGGUGAUAUUGGAUGUGUUAAUCUGCUAAGAGGUUUCGAUUUAUCACUAAGUAUUUGAGAACUAACUCGUUUUGCUUUCAUUUCGUUCUAGUUCCGUGAAAUAUUCAUGCAAGUUCUAUUAGCCGAUUUUGUAACAGUCUUUGUCAUGGACAGAGUAUUGGAUUUUCUUCUUGGCAGCGCCAAGCUACGACAGCAUUAGCAGGAUAACAGAUAUGUGUUCGCGGCCAUUAAAUAAGGCAUUUUUCAGCUGGGAAAUUUUGUUUCAACUCAAGUAUUGGUUGAAGUUAAGGUCAACGAUAAAAAACGCCGACUGUUUCCGAAGGCAACGUAAUCAUGUCCCCAGAUGACUCGAGGAUAUGUUCGAAGAAUAAAUAUCAUCAAGUUGCAGAAAUUACUAUAUUGACUUUUUUCGUAAUAUCUGCAUUGUGUGGAAAAUGGUUUUGCGAACAUCGUCAAAAGUUGAUUUAAGCAUAAAUUUUUAAAAAAUGAAGAUUAGAAGUGCAGGAAAGGCCUUGUUUUAACCAGAAAAAAAUGCUUGUUGUUUGUUGGAACACAAACAUAUAUCAGUUAAUUUUUUUUUUUUUUCAAAACCAAAGCCAUAAUGUAAAACGUGAUUUUCGUUCAACAAGCAAACUCUGGAUCACGUAUUUAAAAUAAUACAAAGUGGAGGCACUCAAAAAUUCGAGUUUCGCGUGUACAGAAUUUGCUCGCCAGAUAUUCUAAAUGCGCUCAUCGAUACAAUUUAAUGUAAUAUAAUUAUUAAGAUUAAGCAACUUCAUUAAUUCUUCUACUAUCAAACUUCCAUCACUUUAAGAUCUUGGCGAGGUUUUAAAACUUUGAUUUCAGAACAGUGUUAUUAAAUUUAUCAGAAAAGUUAGGUCCGUGUGUUGUAGUAAACUCAUCGGGCAGGGUCAUAUU